AAAUGAUACACCCGGGAAUAGCACGCAAAUCUUUACCUAUGUACUCGAAAUGGCCACACCGGUGGACCAGUCGGAUCAGAAUCUGAGUUCGAUGAACCGAUUGUCUUCAGCACCAACCUCCGUGCCCGACACGAAAGCUGCUCCUGAAAUAUCUGACCUAUAUAAGAACUGCCUUAACGCAUAUGAGAAAACGCAAGAUGCUUUACUACCAUCUACUCACGACCAUGCGACGGAAAACAAGUUUGACCGGGAUGGAUUAAUUGUUUCCUUACAAGAAUCUCGAUCGAAGUUCAAAGCAUGGGCCCAGAAUAUUGCGGCAUUUCAGUCAUCGAGGCUUCGCACCUCCCUCGAUUAUCGGUUGAAAGAAGCCGCUGGAAUUCGAGAAAGAAUCGUGACAAUUCUUCAAGAACUCCUAGAUUCUUUAAGUGAGGGUCUGUGAACCCUUUCCAAUCAGUUCUCUAAGAGGAUUGAAUUAUCACAAACUCUUCCUUCCACUGGAACAUUUCCGCAUGCUAUCUAUAAAUUGUUUCCUUGUUGACACCUUGAUAGCUUUACCAAUUAUAUCUGGCGAUGAGCCUAACGACACAUGGAAAGUUGGGUCAUUUAGCGACUCCGAGUCAGACGAUGAAACGAAUAGCCAGGCUUCGGAAGAAGUGGUGCGAACAUCCGAACUUGAUGAGCUGUUUUCUGUGCGCCAUGAAUGGGGAGAAAACAUGCAAGGGCCUGAGAAAGACUCGAAAAGGUUAUUCCUCCACGAUGGAAGGACCGUGGAGCCAAAUGGCACGUUGAAACAGUUUCGGAGGCAUCUUGGUCGUCAUAUGGAGCAACUAGCUCUGUUCGCUCUUCCGAAAAAUGAUGGCGACGAAAUGGAAGACCAAAUCUUCAGGUGA